GUUAGUUACUCCUCCGCACGGCGAUGACACUGACACGCAUUGUCCUAUCUUUGUUAUCACCCAUCUAUAAGAUGCACCGCAUCACAGCAUUAUCGCAGAUGUAUCACUCAGUCCCCGGUAGUACACAAACAUCCAUCCCCUUACGAUGUACCUCCCCGCAACCCAGCAACGCUUCAUCGGCAGCGUACAAUCCGCUCUCCAGAAAUAUGACGCCGAAUUGAAAGCCAUCAACAAUAAGAUCUGGUCCACCCCCGAACUUGGCUACGCCGAACACCAAGCCCACGACAACAUCUGCGCGCUCUUCGACGCCCUCACCCCUCACGGCUACAAAGUGACCCGCUCCGCCUGGGGUCUCGAAACCGCCUUCGAAAUCACCUUCACCAACAACUCCGAUCCCACCCCCAACAAAUCCAACCGCACCAUCGUCUUCAACGCCGAAUACGACGCCCUUCCCGGCAUCGGCCACGCCUGCGGCCACAACCUCAUCGCGACCAGCUCGAUCGCCGCAUUCCUCGCCACCUGCGAAGCCCUCACAUCCCAGUUCCCGAACGCCAAUGCCACCACCCCAACCUACACAAUCCGCCUCCUCGGCACCCCCGCCGAAGAAUCCUACGGCGGCAAGGUCCACCUCCUCCAAAACGGCGCCUACAAGGACGUCUCCGCCUGCCUGAUGGUCCACCCGAUCUCCAUGGCCCCCGGCCACCCCAAUUUACUCAGCAUGGCCACCGUCCUGCCCGGCGGCUUCCUGGCGAAUGAUAAGUUCCGGGUGACCUUCACGGGCAAGCCGGCGCAUGCGGCGGCCGCCCCGUGGGAGGGCGUCAAUGCCCUGGAUGCGGUGGUCGCGGCGUACGUGAAUAUCAGUUUGCUCAGGCAGCAGAUUCGCCCCGAGCAGAGGAUUCAUGGUGUCAUUGUGAAUGGGGGGGACAGGCCGAAUGUUAUCCCGGGGGAGGCGACGGUCGAGUAUUAUGUGCGGGCGAGGACGAGGGCGGAGUUGCGGGCGUUGACGCAGAGAGUCGUGAGGUGUUUUGAGGCCGCGGGGGAUGCGACCGGGUGUGGGGUUGAUAUUCAGUGGGGCAUAUCCUACGACGACCUGAAAACUAACACGCCGCUAUGCGAGAGCUACGUCUCCGUCAUGCGGGCCAUGGGCCACCACACUCUGUUGAAUAACGCCGGGCAGGCGAGUGAGUUGACCGGUGCAUCGACGGAUAUGGGAAAUGUAUCCUACGCCGUCCCCGGAUUCCACGGCCUCUUCACCAUCCCCACCGAGGGGGUGAAUCAUACCCCGCUGUUCACGAAGGGGGCGGGGUCCUCCGAGGCGCAUGAGCGCAGUCUGGCUUGUGCGGCGGGGAUGGCUGUCGUAGCGUGCCAGAUGGUCGUGGAUGAUGAGUUCGCGAGCAAGGUGAGGGGGGAUUUUGAGGGGGGGAGUAGAUGGAUUCUGGGUAUUGUGUCUUGUCGUUGGGUCAGUAGGUAGGUAGGUAGGUAGGCUUUUGUCAGAUAACUUACAGAUACCCCCUAGACUGAAAGGUUGUCUCGAUGUCUCGAAAACCUUCUAGCUGCCUUGGAGAUAGAGGUACUAUUUGUUGUAUGGUGGAUUCUUCUUGUAGGUGGAUGAGAUGUGGGAGUGGUGUUGCUAAGGUUAUGUCUCUCCCUUGGUGAGUAAUGAGAGAAGAAAGUAGAUACUAGGUAGAUGCAAAAAUGC